UAAGCUUGUCAAGCUGUAGAGUUAAGGUUUUUCUAAUAAUUCUGGCUUUCUUGGCACAUGCUUGAAAACUUACCAUGCCUUGGGCAAAGGGCAUGUUACUUUUCACAAUGGCUGUGGUGACACUGAGUUCUUCUUUAAGGGCUGAUCCUGAGGACUUUUCAGAAGUAGGUUCUGCUUAUGGAGCAGCCUCUGAAAACAAGGCCCGUUUUGGCAAACUUUUAAUUGGUGGUCAAAGUACAGUAUCUAAUAAUAAUGUUAAGACCUCUGCGUUGAGGUCAGUGGAGUCUGAUGGGCACCAGUCAAAUAAGAAAGCAUGGUUUCACUCUGCUAGCACUAAGCUGUACCAUCUGGGUUCUUCUGUGCAAUGUAGCAAUGAUUCAAUGAUCUUGCGCAUUCCAGGACAGAGAAUGUCACACGUUCUGGUUGACCGAGGAGAGGAGUCACCAGUGCCUUUGUCAGCGAUGCCAGCUAGCUGUGGUUUCUCACUGAAGCGAGCACGCAGGGAUGUGUCUCUUGUUGCUCCAUACCGGGGCUGUCAUGUCAGACAACAGGGUGGAAGUUAUAUUCUGCCACUCAUUAUAAUGGGAGCUCCAGUGCAAAUGUCUUGCCCUGUGAGUUCUCUCCUCCCUUCCGUGACCUGCUUCUCCUCUGGCAUGAUUGUCACACUUGGCAUCAGAGCAGAUUAUGUUCAAGUUAAAGUUGAUGGAUCAUGGCAGCCUCUGCUCCGGAUAUGUGCUCAAUGCUCUUUUACAUUGGAGACUACUGCUGGUUCACUGGCUGUCACUGCACCAUUCACAGGAAGCUGUUGGGAAAUGACGGAUACUGAAAGGCGACUCCCUUUGAUGUACGGUGACCGGGAAGUGACUCUUUCCUGUCCUCUGACACGGCCAACUGUAGCCCCAACCACACCUGCUGUCCGUGACCCAACUGUCAUGCAACCGAUUAUUAACCCUUUCCCUUUUGGAAGACCCUGGUGGUAUCCUCCAUAUCCUGGUGUACCUGCUACCCUGCCUCCCACUGUGCCACCUACAACGACUACAACUGCUCCUUUUCAAUAUCCUUUCCAGCAACACAUGUUCCCUCACAAGUAUCCAAUGCCAAUAUUUGAUCCUUACUCUAAAGGUGACCCAGCUGCUCCCCCAGCACCACAACCACAAUAUCCCUGGUACCCAAAGCUCCCUCCUUAUAUGAAUGGCUUCCAAAGCCCAGUUGAAGUGACCCCUCCUGCAACUACCCCUGCCCCAUACCAGCCUCCGCACCAGUAUCCAGGUUUUCCUAUGUACCCACCAUUCUAUGGUCAUCAACCCAUGAAGUCUUUGUCUCCAACUGUGAAAUACCCUUUCAUGCCCCAGUAUCCUAAGGAUCCAAUCUUUGGCCCCCGCAGCCCUAAAUCACCAUCUUCUCCUGCACCGUUAUCCUCAUUCUACAGGUCUUGUAGAUAACUCGCUUGAUUGAGCAGAUGAGUAUACUCUGAAGUGGCAUUGCUUUUAUUGACACCAGAACAAAUUGAAUGACAUCAAUAGUUGGGUUUAAGCCUAAUAAAGCUUUUUGACUUUAA